AUGGGCUGGAAAGUUCGGAAAGAGGGUGACAAUGGCGAAGCCCCCGAAGAUUGCUCCUCUUCAUCCGAGUUAUUCACUAUCAGAUUUCACCAUUCUGGAAUGAAAGAGGUCUUUGGGUUUCAUUGCAGUAAAGGUGGGAUUAAUGAUUGUUCUGAUUUAAUGGUGCUUGAAAAUGACUCUGAUGUCCUAAAUAUGGUGAAUUUUCUUGAUGUCAAUAGAAUGUUGGGAAGUCCACGCGAGUUCACCAAACAAAUUGAUGGCGCAAAUGUUCUGGUUGAAGUCGGCCGUCGCGAGUUCGGCCAACAGACAGCUGCCGAAUCAAUCGAAACAAAAAAACCGUUGUUGAUUUCGGCAGGUCAGGGAUCGGCACCGGCGUUGUGGACUCCGGCGGCUGAAAUCAGAGAUACGAGCUUGUGCUUGCCGUUAAUUGAGGUCGGCAGGUCCCUACGAUUGAGGUCGAGGGAGCUAGACGGGGUUCGAAAGGAAUCCCCUUCCAAGUGUGAUUUCUAUGUUGGCCUAAGGAAUCUCUUGCGAGGUCGGUCCGACAGUGAGGUCGGGAACAGUACCGACGUCAGAGAAAUGAAAUCGUAUCCCAGCAAAAUAAAGUUGGGUCUCGACGACCGACAUCAUAUUUUGAGGCAUUCCGGGGAGUCUCAAGGUUGGUAUCUGAAAGACAUUCAGACCGAUAUCGGGCCUGACUUUGAGGUCCGUUAUGAUGGUGUCGGCCCGAGAUUCUGA